GAUACUUACUUACUGAUUGACUCGUGGCGUUUGCUAUGAGGGACCACUGCAGCAACCAGCCUUUGCCGACACUAUGAUGUCUAGUUCGACGUACGUAUAUACGUAGUCAAGGCACCACUACUGUGCUGUUAGCAGCGCCAGGAGGUAGCUUGUUGACAGUCGGAGCGCUUGACAAACAACGGAGGCGAUGCGAGUUGGCUCUUCAGCUUUAGACUUUGCAGUGCAAGGCUCGCGCGCUGGCGUCGCAUCUGGUCGCGACGACCGUGGCGGACUGCGCAGCGACCGGGUUGUCGGUAGCCCGUACCUGCAGGUAUCCAAUGGCAGCAACGAGCUCAUCGGCGGCCGCCGACCUGCUUCGACGGCCUCCCCGGGCGGCGGCGGGUUGCAGGCGGUUCUCGGGGGCAGCGGCAGCGGAGCGCCGCUCCUAGGUGGUGGCGGGAGAGCGACCGCCGCGAGCGCUUCGGCAGCCGUACAGGAGGCACACCAACGCCUGGAGCGGUUGCUGGGGCCGCAGGGCGCAGCUGCAGCGAGCGGUGUGAAGCGACCCAUCAGCGCGCCGCUCACGGCAGCCGGCGCCACUCCGGGCGCUGGAGUCCUCGCCGGCGGCGGCAGCGCUACCCCCCUGGGCUCCCGUCCCGCCUCUGCCAACCUGCUGUACUCCUCCAAAGGAUACAGCGGCGUCGGCGGUACCGCCGCAGGCGGCGCAGGCGCGGGCGGCGGCAUGGGGCCCACAUUCACGCCACUAGCGCCGCCCGGACAGCCGCCCAGUCAGCACCGGCCACUGGGCCGCAGCCUUUCCGCCUCAUCGGAGGCAGGCGGCGGCGGCGGCGGCGGUCUGCUGGCAGCCAUGGGUGCCGGCGGGCUGGGCGCAAGGGCCGGCCUGGGCCUGGGCGGUGGCGCCAGCGGCUCGGGGCGAGGCGGGUCUGUGAGCAGCAGCGGCGGGGUGCCCGGUGGGGGUGGCAAGACGCGGCCGCUGUCACCGUCGCUGAACCGGGGCAGCAACGGCACCGGCGCCGGCACUGCUGCUGUCGGUGCUGGUGCCGGGUUAGGCGGGUCGGGAAGCGGCAGGAGCAGCGGGACGGCACUGAGCAAAAGCGCGAUGGACGCAGGGCGGCUGCUCGGAGGCAUGCUGGAUGGCUCCAGCGGCGGUGGUGGCGGGCCGCUGACCUCGCCUACAGGCGGCAGCGGCGGGGGUGGGAAAAGGAGUAUGGGCACCAGCGGGAUCAGCGGCGGCAGCGGCGGCGGCUCAGUGCCGCUGACUCCCGGGUCACCCACGGCAGCUGGCAAGCAGCUGCAGCGCAGGCUGAGCGGCGGUGAGCGCGGCGGCCGGAGCAUCCUGUCCGCCAGUGCUGAUGCCGCGGGCGCUGUGGGGCAUACGGCCACUCCUGUCGGCGGCGGCGGAGGGCUGGCUAGUGGGCUGGGUGGUGGUAGCAGUAGUGCCAACUCAAGAAGCGCAGGGUAUGUAGGGGGUGCGGAUGGCCCAAGCAGCCCAGAGCCCGCACACGGCGGACGCACGCCGCGUGGCAGCUCCAGCCGCAGCGCCACAGGCAGCGGUGCCGCCGGUGGCGGCAGCAGCAAGGCGGCGUCCGGGAGCAGCGGCUCGGCAGGGCCGGCUGCCACAGCUACCCCUGCGGCUAGUGGCGGCGUCACGCCUCGAGGGAGCUCCGGAAGCAGGACUGCGGCGGGCGGCAGCACCGGCGGCGGAAGCGGCACCUCGGCGGCUGGCACGGGCGGGAGCGGGGGCGGCACGCGGCCGUCCAGCGCGGGCAGGACCAGGGCGUCAAGUGCCAGCGCGACAGAUGCCGCCGGCGCCAGCACGUCAGGGACAGCGGCGCCGGCCACUGGCAGCAGCGGUGGCAGCAGCAGCAGGCGGCUCUCGGGAGAAGGCCUGCGCUCCAGCGGUGGCGGGGUCGGUGCCAGCGGCACUGGCGGCAGCGGCUCCGGCGGCAGUGUUGCUGGGGCUGCUGGCGCUGCAGUUGGCCGGCCCUCGUCUGCAGAGCGCAGGCGCCGAAGCUCCAGCAACAGCGACACUGGCAGCGCUGGUGGAGCCUCGAUUCUCGGCUCCGGCCCCGCCGCGGCCUCGGCUGGCAGCGCCUCCGCAGCAGCGCCGUCCGCGAGCGGUGCUCCCCUCCAGUCGCUGUCGCUGUCCGCCGCCGCGGCAGCGGUGCAGGGGGCGGGCAGUAGCCUUAGCAGUAGCGGUAGCGGCGGUGCGGGGCAAGGAGGAGCGGGUUCAGGGGCUGGUGGCCACCACCCGGGGCUUUUCGGCGGCUCCUCCCUCACCCGCAUCAAGCCGCCCUCAAUCGACCUGUCGGUGCUAAGCUCGGCAAGUGCCGACGACACCACGCCCAACUUGAUCCGGCCCGCCGUGCCCGGCGGCCUCAUGCCGGUCCGGUCAUCACGCACCGCCUUAACAUCCUCCGCCAACUCCGCCGCUACAGCUGCUGCAGCUGCUGGCGGCAGCUCCGCCUCCGUUGGCCGCGCCGGCAGCGGUGCGGGGCCAGCUGGCGCGGCGGGCGGGACCACGGGGGGCGCGCUGCCGGCCUCUGGCGCGGGCGAUGGCGGCGGCACCUACCGCGCGCUGACCGCAGCCCUGGAGGCGGCGGGGCCGUCCCUGACUGCAGCGCACGGCGGAUUGCAUCAGCUCCACCACACCGCUGCCGCCGCCGCGACCCACACGUCCUACAGCUUCGCUGGCGGCCUGGGUCCGGGCAGUGCAGGCAGCACGCCGCGCUCGCCGGGCGGCGGCGCGCCCCGCUCGCCGGGGGGCAGCGGCACCUUCACGCCGCCCGAGCGGGGCGGCACGCCGCCGCCGCUGCUGCCGACGCGCUCGCCCCUGCAGUCCCCCCGCAGCGUGCUGGGUAUGCCGCGUCGCAUGCGCGGCUUCAGCGGCAGCGGGCUGGGUGGCAGCUGCGGAAGCUUCGGCGGUCUGCCGGCGCACUGCCGCUGGCCGCGCAACGCGCCGCUGCCCGAGCCCGGGCCGGCGGCGCGCAUGCCCGAGUCGGCUGUGGUGAUGCACGACCUGGCGGUGGCGGGGCACGAGCUGCUAGGCCUGUUUGGGGGUGGCGGCGCCGGGUUCGUGGAGGGGCUGCGGGAGCGGUACGUGGAGGCAUACCGGGCCAGCCGGCGGGCGGCGGUGGCGGCCAAGGAGGCGGCGAGUGACCGGUAGCGGGAGGGAUGGGAUGGAGUUACGAGGCAGUGGGAGGUGGUGUGCAAAUUGGACAAAUUCAAGGAAGCGAGGCGUAGAGUGCACGGUGUGCCCGAAGGACUGAGCAAGUGAGAGCUUGAGAGAAGGCCUGUACCAAGGCCGUGAAGCUGUAGCACUGUUGCGUCCCACACUGUGAAUCCGUGCCAAUACGGAUUCACAAGCAGUGAACCCCGCGUGCUGUGCAAUCUGGUGGCACUUGCCUGACCAGGGCUGCAACCAGACGUCAACUUGGGUGUGGACCAGCCGCCUGAACAUGUCC